AUGGGUUUUUUAAAGCUGAUCGUUGCUCAUUUAAGCAAGUAUCCUGAGCGAUUGUUUUUGAAAUUUUCAAAAAACAAAUUUGAACCUCAAAAUAUGUUCGAGUUACUUUUGACAUUGAAUGAAUUGCAAGAAGUCAUAGUGAUUUUAGAAGAUCAUUUUUUAAAAAAUGUUUAUCAAGGCGUUAAAAGAAAAAGAAAUUCUGGACAAAGUUUGGUAGUUUAUCGAAAAAAUCUGAAAUUAUUCGAUUCGUGGAGAGAUCACAAUGUAAUGAUCGACAGCAAAUGGAGAGAGGUUUAUCAGGUUGUGUGUAGAGAAUAUGAUAAUUACAAAAUGGAUAUGGAAACAAUGACAGAAGAUGAAUUUAUAAAACGCAUCAAGUUUUGUCUUAAAUUACGUUACAAUAUGAAUGAUGAUGAAUAUUUUUUGUAUAAUUCUGUUUAUAAUUUUAUUUCGAUAUUAAUUAAACCGUACACAAAAUGGGAUUGUCACAUGGAUCAGUUGAUUGAUUUUUUUAUUUCUGAAGAUGCAAUCGAUAUUUUUGCUACUAGAUUCAACAAGGUUCCACUUGUUAUUAAAUUACUUAAAGUGCACUAUUUGGCCUUGAUUCUUGAAUGUUGGAAAAAUUCACCGAGCAUGAAAAAUCAUUUUGAUGAAUAUGAUUUUUGGACGUCUGAUCAAAUUGAGCGUUAUGAAAAUCAGACGUUUAAUGAUAUUCAAGUGGAUCGACAUCAGAUGCAAGCAUUUUUGACGUAUUUUAAAAAGCAAAGCGAAUAUUUUAUCAGCGAUAGUCAUCGUACUAAAUUUAAUUAUGUUCUUGAAGCCAACAAUGCGAUAGUUUCGUUGUAUGAGGAAGAUGACAAAGAUGAUUUCUGGGAAAAAGUCAAAAAUCAUUACUUUUUUGGACGCCUUAUUGUUUAA